UGCUGUACUCUGGACUCUGAUUAGCUGGAGGAAUAACCACCACCAAACAUCAAAUUUAUCUAUCAAGUCCUUCACAGAAAGACCACACACUUUUAUGUACACACACAGUUUCCAGUUCUGCUAAGGUUGUAUCUGGAUUCACCAGGGUGGGCCUUUAAUUUAAAACAGUGGAUUCCAUCUUUUCCUUUCAUCAGCUGCAGCAACACAGGGGCCCAGGUCCACCAAAUGCCUCCUCUAAGCAGUUAGUCACUCAUCACCAUGGCCUUAUCUUCAUCCUCCAAGUCUGUGGAAAAUGCAGCCAGCUGCCCCAUCUGCUUUGAAUGUCUAACAGAUCCCGUGACCCUGGACUGUGGCCACAACUUUUGCCGAGGCUGCAUCACCAAAUACUCUGAGGAAUGGGAAUGGAUGGGGGAACUGGAAUGUCCAAUUUGCAAAGCAAAGUUCCAGAAAGGGAAUUUCCGAUCCAAUUGGCAACUGGCAAGUAUAGCAGAAGCAAUUAAACAGCGCCUACAAAGUCUAGGAGAAGAGGAUCUGUGUUUGCAACACAAGGAAAAACUCCCCCUCUUCUGCAAAGAAGACAAUAAAUUGGUGUGCUUCGUUUGCAAGCAAUCCCCAGAACAUAAUACACAUACUGUGAUUCGAAAGGAAGAGGCUGCCCAGGAAUACAAGGAACAGCUCUGCAGUCGUUUGGAGCUUCUGAAGAAGGAAAGGAAAAGAAUUCUGAAAUAUAAAGAGAAAAGAGAAAAAGAAAGCCAAGACCUCCUUAGACAAACAAAAGCAGAAAUGAAGAAGAUGAAGAUAGAAUUUGGGCAACUGCACCAGUUUUUGGAAGAACAAGAGAAGCUUUUGAUGGCCCAGAUGGAAGAGGUGAAGAAGGAGAUUGCCAGGAAAAGGGAGGAGCACCUGGUCAGACUCUCCGAGAAGCUCUCCUCUCUUGAAGGUUUCAUGCGGGAGAUGGAGGCAAAGCGUCAAGAACCUUCCAGUGACUUCCUGAAGGAUGUUCGGGGCAUCUUGCAAAGCCGUGAGAAGGACGAGACAUUUCAGAAUCCUGAGGCUUUCUCUCCUGAGCUGAAGUCGAAGAUACAGCGUGUCUAUGAUAGAAAUGCCUUUCUAGCUGAGAGGAUGAAGCAGUUCAAAGUUACUUUAUUAUGUGGACCCCAAGUACAGAAAGCAAAUGUCACCCUGGAUCCGGACACAGCACAUCCCUCCCUCGUCCUGUCUGAGGACUGUAAAAGUGUGAAUCGUGAAUUUAGAUGGCAAAAGGUGCCUGACAAUCCUAAGAGAUUCAGCUGGUGUCGUCAUGUGCUGGGACGUGAGGGAUUCAAUGCAGGCAGACAUUUCUGGGAAGUCACUGUAGAAAAUGAGGGGUUUUGGGCUGUGGGGGUGGCCAGAAAAUCUGUGCGGAGGGAAGGCCAUGUUUCUUUGAGACCUGAGGAAGGGAUCUGGGUUGUGGGGGGAUGGAGAGAGGAAUACAGGGCCUUCAGUGAUCCUCUCGAAUAUUAUCUUCCCCUCAAGGGGAAACUGAGGAGGAUCCGGGUGUCCCUGAACUAUGAAGAGGGCCAGGUGGCCUUUCAUGAUGCUGACACAGGAUCCCACCUCCACACCUUCUCUGGAGCCUCUUUCUCUGGGGAGACCCUCUUCCCCUUCUUUCGUGUGGAAGAAAACGCCUCCAUCACAAUCUCCCCUUAAGGCCGGGGUUUCCGACAUUUUUCACCCUGCAGACCGGCUGGGGAAAGCGGGGUACCCCUGGCACUCGUGC